AUGGCGACCCGCAUCCUGCCUCGCCCGACAACAACUCACCGCGCUGUGAAGCAGACGACCUCUCGAUUCCUCUCCACCACCACCUCCUCCUCCCCGUCGACACCAACGACAUCCCCCUUUGCACCCCGCCAUUUCCUCUCCAUCGCCGACCUCACAACCCCCGAACUCACCACUCUGGUCCACAAUGCCUCGUCCCAUAAAUCCUCGAUCAAAUCCGGCCACCUCCCCAAACAGAUCGCCGGAGCAUUAUCCACAAAGACCAUUCCUCUCAUCUUCUCCAAACGCUCCACCCGAACCCGCGUUUCCUCUGAAGCGGCCAUCACUCUAAUGGGCGGCCACCCCAUGUUCCUCGGCUCCCAAGACAUCCAGCUCGGAGUCAACGAAUCCCUUUACGACACUUCUGUUGUAAUCAGCAGCAUGACCUCCGCAAUCAUCGCGCGAGUCAACGGCCACGAAGACGUCGCCAACAUGGCAAAACAUUCCUCCGUGCCAGUCAUCAAUGCCCUCUCAGAUCUCUACCAUCCCCUCCAAACAAUAGCAGAUUUGCAAACCCUGGUGGAAGCAUUCCCAGAGAGAAAAGGAGACCUCGCAGGGUUGAAGAUCGCUUGGGUCGGAGAUGCGAACAACGUCCUCUUCGAUCUGGCGAUUGGAUGUGCGAAAUUCAACAUCUCUGUCGCUGUGGCUACACCAAAGGGAUACGAAAUCCCCUCGUUCAUGAAGGACAUCAUCAACAAAAUCAACCCAAAGACACUUUCGGAAACAACAUCUCCCGCAGAAGCAGUGAAAUCUGCAGAUGUUCUCGUAACGGAUACUUGGGUUUCCAUGGGUCAGGAAGAGGAGAGCAAGAAGCGCAUGGCAGCCUUUUCGGGAUUCCAAAUCACGGAGGAGUUGGCGAGAAAAGGUGGAGCGAAGGAAGGGUGGAAAUUCAUGCAUUGCUUGCCGAGACAUCAGGAUGAGGUGGAUGAUGAAGUCUUCUACAACAAGGGCAGGAGUUUGGUGUUUGAUGAGGCGGAGAACAGAUUGUGGGCAGCCGUGAGUGCGCUGGAGGGAUUCGUGGUCAACAAGGGGAAGAUUGUUUGA